AUGCCGGUCUCUCACCUCACCCUGACGGUUGCUCACCUGCCUACCUCCACAUCCUUCUUUCUUUCCUGCCUGCAGCCUCUGGGGUACCAGUUUAUUGGGCGUCACGAUGACUACAUUGGUUUCGGUCAAAAGACCGGCGAGCCUGCAGAUUUUUGGAUCACGGAACAAAAACCAGGAGUACCUGCAGGUGCCGCUCAUGUCGCCUUUCCUGCAGCUUCCAAGGAUGCCGUGAGCACCUUCUUUAUCAAUGCCCUCAAGGCAGGAGGCAAGAUCCAUGGCGAGCCUAAGCAACGCGACUCCGACUCUGGCUACUUCAGCGCCGCCGUCAUCGACUUCGAUGGCAACAGCAUUGAGGCAGUAUAUCGCCCAAGCAUCUCAUCAGCCCGCUCAGAGGUCCGGUCCGUAGCCAAGUCUGUGGCCAAGUCUGAAGCCAGAUCUGAGGCCAGGACCGAACUCAGUAGGCCGGCCCUGGCUUUACUCGAGAACGGCUCAGUUGUAUCGAAGGCGAGCAGCAAAGCCAGCUCCGUCCGUCCCGAGAGCGUUGCGCCUCCCAAGUCUGAAGCCCGGUCGUAUGUUUCCAGGUCCUCGACGGCCGUGGACAGAGCGCCUCCCCCGUACGAGCGCGCGCCGUCCACCAUCAGCGUUAGCCGUGAAUCUCAGCAGCCGCGCGACAUUCAACCGGCCCCAUCGCCCACGUAUAUUGUCCACCACACGACUCACCACACCACUCAGCAGAAGACAGACGAUGGCAAGACCGCCAAAACGAUUGUCGGUACCCUGAUUGGCGCCGCUGCCGGUGCUGCACUCGCAUAUGCCAUGACCAAGUCCGACUCUACCGAACAACACUCUGAUGGCAGUACCCCUCCCCCGCAGUAUUCGCCCCGGGACAUUGUUCAGAUGCUCUCCCCGUCCCAAGCACCCUCUCAGGCCCAGGACGAAUACCCUGGCUACAAGGCUAUCGAGGCUCCUCCUCCGCGGAGCGUUUAUUCUUCUCGGUCCGAUGCCCGCCCGGGCCUCACCCGCAGUGUUACCUCGAAGAACCCUCGCGCAGACACCAUCUACGAGGGCACAGAGUUUGUCCCGCGCGGCGGCAGCGUCUACCUCGAUGAGAAUGGUCGUCGGGCCUCUGAGGGCAGCGUGUACACCACCAAGGACAUCCCCCUGCGGGCGAUCGAGUACGCCCCGCCGGCCGACUCCCGGGGCUACCAGAGCACCCUGGUCAGCAGCUUCCGUGAGGAGAAGUCGCGGGCGAUGGAUGGUGGCAGUGUCUAUUCGUCCUCCACGGUCCGACCUCCCUCCAAGGCCAACUACCAAGAGUCCCACCAUAGCUCUCAUCACUCCUCGCACCACUCUUCUUACCAUUCUGUGAGCCGUUCGCAAGCCGGCAGCACCGCCUCUUCCAACCGCACUGCCCGUCAGGUCCCUCUCCCCGAGGGGUCCAUUGCCUCCUUCGCCUCCUACCGCAGCGGUGCCAAAUCGGGCGUCUCCGCUCGCGAAGUUCCUCUUCCCGAGAGUGUUGUCGACCUCGACGUCCAGAGCCAUGUCACCCCUGACGACUCGAUCAGUCAAGUGGACGACUCCCGGCGGUCCUCCUACUCACACCGGUCGCAUGCUUCCAAGAGCCCUUCCAAGGUGUCCAAGCACUCGAAGUUCGACGAGCCCGUCAAGCCCAGCGACAGUGUCAGCCAAGUCUCUACCAACGUCUCCAGAGCGUCUCAGCGGACCAUGAAGGCCGGUGGUAGCGGUGGUGGCGGCAGUGUCGCUCCGUCCAAGGCUGCCUCGAAAGUCAGUCGCCGAACUGCCAGCCAGGUGGCUUAG